GAGUGCAGUGGCAUGAUCUCAGCUCACUGCAAGCUCCACCUCCCGGGUUCAUGCCAUUCUCCUGCCUCAGCCUCCCGAGUAGCUGGGACUACAGGCGCCCGCCACCACGCCUGGCUAAUUUUUUGUAUUUUUAGUAGAGACGGGGUUUCACCAUGUUAGCCAGGAUGGUCUCGAUCUCCUGACCUCGUGAUCUGCCCACCUUGGCCUCCCAAAGCGCUGGGAUUACAGGCGUGAGCCACCGUGACCAGCCUCAUGUCCAGCUUUUAAGAAUUUUAUUCCUUCUGCUAUAUCUUUCCACUUAACAUUUCCUAAAAUCCCCGAGUUCUUCAUCAUUCCUUUAUGAAAGACCGGUGGGAACGAGGUCUUCGGAGAGCAGGGGGGGAAGAGGAGCAGGGGUGAGGGGCUGCCAUUGGGUCUUAGUUGUGCUCCUGCAUCACCUAUUUCCUAGUGUUGGUACGGGCUGUGUUUGAUGGGUAAUUCAUCCAUUAGAGUGACCAUAGCGUAAGGUCCUGGAACCAGAGCUGUGCGUCCACCCUUCGAGUUGAAGAGUCCAGGCACUGCUGAGCCCAGCCAUGGGAGAGAUGAGCGAGGACCUUCCACAGGUGUGAGGCCAUGGGGGCAGGAGGCUCUGUCCUGCCAGGAAUAAAUGGAAUCAGGUGGGAGGCUCUGCCCUGCCAGGAAUAAAUGGAAUCAGGUGGGAGGCAAGCCAGGCCCUUUUCCUGGGAGGUGCCAGAGCCGAGGAGGAGUUGGAGGAGGAAGAGCGUCCGAGCAAGAGCGCUGGUGGGACUGCCACCAAGGUUCAGGAACAGGAGCCUCCGAGUGCUGCCAGACAGGUAUGAACGCUGCUGUCCGUGCCGUGGUGCGCAUGGGUAUCUACGUGGGGGCCAAGGUGUACUUCAUCUACGAGGGCUACCAGGGCAUGGUGGACGGAGGCUCAAACAUCGCAGAGGCCGACUGGGAGAGUGUCUCCAGCAUCCUGCAAGUGGGCGGGACGAUCAUUGGCAGUGCGCGGUGCCAGGCCUUCCGCACGCGGGAAGGCCGCCUGAAGGCUGCUUGCAACCUGCUGCAGCGUGGCAUCACCAACCUGUGUGUGAUCGGCGGGGACGGGAGCCUCACCGGGGCCAACAUCUUCCGGAAGGAGUGGAGUGGGCUGCUGGAGGAGCUGGCCAGGAACGGCCAGAUCGAUAAGGAGGCCGUGCAGAAGUAUGCCUACCUCAACGUGGUGGGCAUGGUGGGCUCCAUCGACAAUGACUUCUGUGGCACCGACAUGACCAUCGGCACGGACUCCGCCCUGCACAGGAUCAUCGAGGUCGUCGACGCCAUCAUGACCACGGCCCAGAGCCACCAGAGGACCUUUGUUCUGGAGGUGAUGGGACGACACUGUGGGUACCUGGCCCUGGUGAGUGCCUUGGCCUGCGGUGCAGACUGGGUGUUCCUUCCAGAAUCUCCACCAGAGGAAGGCUGGGAGGAGCAGAUGUGUGUCAAACUCUCGGAGAACCGUGCCCGGAAAAAAAGGCUGAAUAUUAUUAUUGUGGCUGAAGGAGCAAUUGAUACCCAAAAUAAACCCAUCACCUCUGAGAAAAUCAAAGAGCUCGUUGUCACGCAGCUGGGCUAUGACACACGUGUGACCAUCCUCGGGCACGUGCAGAGAGGAGGGACCCCUUCGGCGUUCGACAGGAUCUUGGCCAGCCGCAUGGGAGUGGAGGCGGUCAUCGCCUUGCUAGAGGCCACCCCAGACACCCCAGCUUGCGUCGUGUCACUGAACGGGAACCACGCCGUGCGCCUGCCGCUGAUGGAGUGUGUGCAGAUGACUCAGGAUGUGCAGAAGGCGAUGGACGAGAGGAGAUUUCAAGAUGCGGUUCGACUCCGAGGGAGGAGCUUUGCGGGCAACCUGAACACCUACAAGCGACUUGCCAUCAAGCUGCCGGAUGAUCAGAUCCCAAAGACCAAUUGCAACGUAGCUGUCAUCAACGUGGGGGCACCCGCGGCUGGGAUGAACGCAGCCGUACGCUCAGCUGUGCGCGUGGGCAUUGCCGACGGCCACAGGAUGCUCGCCAUCUAUGAUGGCUUUGACGGCUUCGCCAAGGGCCAGAUCAAAGAAAUCGGCUGGACAGAUGUCGGGGGCUGGACCGGCCAAGGAGGCUCCAUUCUUGGGACAAAACGCGUUCUCCCGGGGAAGUACUUGGAAGAGAUCGCCACACAGAUGCGCACACACAGCAUCAACGCGCUGCUGAUCAUCGGUGGAUUCGAGGCCUACCUGGGACUCCUGGAGCUGUCAGCCGCCCGGGAGAAGCACGAGGAGUUCUGUGUCCCCAUGGUCAUGGUUCCCGCUACUGUGUCCAACAAUGUGCCGGGUUCCGAUUUCAGCAUCGGGGCAGACACGGCCCUGAACACUAUCACCGACACCUGCGACCGCAUCAAGCAGUCCGCCAGCGGAACCAAGCGGCGCGUGUUCAUCAUCGAGACCAUGGGCGGCUACUGUGGCUACCUGGCCAACAUGGGGGGGCUCGCGGCGGGAGCUGAUGCCGCCUACAUUUUCGAAGAGCCCUUCGACAUCAGGGAUCUGCAGUCCAAUGUGGAGCACCUGACGGAGAAAAUGAAGACCACCAUCCAGAGAGGCCUUGUGCUCAGAAAUGAGAGCUGCAGUGAAAACUACACCACCGACUUCAUUUACCAGCUCUAUUCGGAAGAAGGCAAAGGCGUGUUUGACUGCAGGAAGAACGUGCUGGGCCACAUGCAGCAGGGUGGGGCACCCUCUCCAUUUGAUAGAAACUUUGGAACCAAAAUCUCUGCCAGAGCUAUGGAGUGGAUCACUGUGAAACUCAAGGAGGCCCGGGGCAGAGGAAAAAAAUUUACCACCGAUGAUUCCGUUUGUGUGCUGGGAAUAAGCAAAAGAAACGUUAUUUUUCAACCUGUGGCAGAGCUGAAGAAGCAAACGGAUUUUGAGCACAGGAUUCCCAAAGAACAGUGGUGGCUCAAGCUACGGCCCCUCAUGAAGAUCCUGGCCAAGUACAAGGCCAGCUAUGACGUGUCAGACUCAGGCCAGCUGGAGCACGUGCAGCCCUGGAGUGUCUGACCCAGUCCCGCCUGCAUGUGCCUGCAGCCUGGACUCACCGUGGACCGUCUGUGUUUGUAACACUUAAGUUAUUUAUCAGCACUUUAUGCACGUAUUAUUGACAUUAAUACCUAAUUGGUGAGUGCCCGUCUGCCCCACCAGCUCCAGUGCGUGCUGUCUGUGGACUGUGUCUCAUGCUUUCAGAUGUGCACAUGAGCAGAAUUAAACAUUUGCCUACAACUCCAA